UCUGCCCAUCGGCCUCAGAGCCAGCUCUGGGUGUGCCGAGAUGGGGCUGCCUGGGCCAGGGCUGUGGCUGAAGAGGUUCUGGGUCCUCUUGCAGGUGGUGGUGCACGUGGCCGUGGGCAAAGUGUGCCUGAUACUGUUUCCGGAGAGAGUCAAGCAACACAUCUUGGCCAUGAACCAGAAGAACCCCCACUUUUCUUAUGACAACUGGGCCCCGACCUUCUACAGCAUGCAGUAUUUCUGGUUUGUCCUGAAGGUCCGAUGGCAGCGACUAGAGGACAGGACGGAGCCCGGGGGCCUGGCACCCAACUGCCCUGUAGUCCAGCUCUCAGGACAGAGAUGCAACAUCUGGGACUUCAUGCACGGCAACAGGCCACUGGUGCUAAAUUUUGGAAGUUGUACCUGACCUUCAUUUCUUUUCAAACUUGACCAGUUCAAGAGACUGAUUGAAGACUUUUGCUCCAUGGCAGACUUCCUCAUCAUCUACAUCGAGGAAGCGCACGCAUCAGAUGGCUGGGCUUUUAAGAACAACGUGAACAUCAGGACUCACCGGAAUCUCCAGGACCGCCUGAGGGCUGCCCGCUUGCUGCUGGACAGGAGCCCCCAGUGCCCUGUGGUGGUGGACACAAUGGAGAACCAGAGCAGCCAGUGCUACGCAGCGCUGCCUGAGCGGCUCUACGUGCUCUGGGAGGGCAGGAUCCUCUACAAGGGGAAAUCGGGCCCUUGGAACUACCAUCCAGAGGAAGUUCGUGCUGUUCUGGAAAAGCUCCACAUCAAGUCUGGAAAGAUCCCCCAGUGCUAGGUGAUCAACAGGAGGGCUCCUCAAGUUCUGGGGUCUCCUCCCAGCCUUGGUGGUUUUCACCUCUGGACUCAUGCUGGUCAGACUGGUCUCAUCUAACCAAACAAUUGUAAUCAGAAGACAAAGCAGCAAGUAAGCAGAAUGUUAAAAUACCAUACAACUCAACGCUGUCCCCACGGAGACCACAUUCAUCGCGUGACAUCCCCACGUGAGAGAGGCUCCGCUCCGUGGGCAGCCUACCGAGGCGUGGCAUCUCUCUCUAGCCACUCUGACACCAAGUGGUCAGAUACGGCGGUCCUUAUGUGAGGCAGACUCAUUUUCCCCAGUUUACCAUUUAUGGACUUGAUCAUCUCAGACACUAAAUUGGCUUUUAGAACCAAGCACGGGGAGAGCAUGCUGGUUGUUUAGAGAGAGA